CGUUUGUUGUCCACACACACUCCUAUCCCAACCCUCUACCUCUCUGCUGCCAUGUUGACCCGUAUCUCUGCGCUUUCUGCUGUCUCUAUCCUCGCGGUUGCUACCAUGGCCGCCGCAGGACCCGUCGCCGCCGACUACGGCAAGCCUGCGUCCUACGCCCCCGCCGCUGACUAUGGCAAGCCUUCCUCCGAUUACAAGCCUGACUACGUUCCCAAGGACGACUACGCGCCCAAGGAGUACGGCAAGGACGACUACGCGCCCAAGGAGUACGGCAAGGAUGAGUACGCCUCUCAGGACGACUAUUCCGAAGACGCCUACUCCAAGGAUGUCUACCCCAAAGACGACUACUCCAAGGACGACUACUCCGAAGACGCCUACUCCAAGGAUGCCUACCCCAAAGACGACUACUCCAAGGAUGCUUACCCCGGGGACGACUACGCCCCGAAGGAGUACGGCGAGUACGACUACGCUCCCAAGAAAUACGGCAAGGACGACUACUCCAAGGACGAAUACGCCCCGAAGGACUACGGCAAGGACGACUACUCCAAGGACGCCUACCCCAACGACGAUUACUCCGAAGAUGACUAUGGCAAGAACCCGAAGGAGGUCUAUAGUAAAGAGGCCUAUGGCAAGGAGAGCUACGAGGUCUUCUACAAGCGGGACGGCGGUGAGGGCUACGGCAGAGGCAGAGGGUACGGCAGGAAGUCGUUUGACAAGUACGGCCACCACGGCCUCGACGACUUCGACGGUGAUCGCUUCGACGGCAACGACGAGUACCGUGGUCGGGACCGCUACGAUGAUGAUGAGUACCGUGGUCGGGACCGCUACGACGAUGACGACGACUACCGCAGAGGCGGAGACCACUAUGAGAACUCGAAUUACGAGAACAACUACGAGAGCAAGUGCAACGCCGGCCCUGUUCAGUGCUGCAACACCGUCGAGGAUGUCAACUCUGAGAAUGCGGCUCAGGCUCUUGGCCUCCUCGGUCUCAUCAUCCAAGGCGCCAACAUCCCCAUCGGUCUCAACUGUGACCCGAUCAACUUGGCGGCGGGUUUCGGUAGUGGCAGCAACUGCGUGUCGCAACCCGUCUGCUGCGACAGGGUCGAAGGAGUGCGGAGGCGUUGCGAUCAACUGCAAUCCUAUCAACGUCGUUCUCUGAGCACAUACCAGGUCAUCCGCGGAGAGGAGAGGAAGGAGCGAAGGGGAGCGGAGGAGCUUUUAUACCCACAUACUAUCUUCAUCGUCUGUCUUUACAGUACCCCUUUAUAUUGGUAAUUUUGGAGGGCCUACGGCAUCGUGUCUACACGCGCACGUUGUCGGAACGCCACUCCCUAUUCUAUCUGU